GCCCACCCAGCACAUCUGGAGGAGCGGGGCGCCACAAACCACGACGCGACGCUCUCCGCGGGUUGAAGCGGACCGGGCCAGAAGCAGGAGCCCAGCCUCUCUGUUCAGAACGACCAGCACCGCUCCGUCUCCGCUGUGCGACAGCACCGACUCGCUGCAGGAUGCCGCUGGGCGGAGGGAACAAAUGCGGACGCUGUCAGAAGACGGUUUACUUUGCAGAGGAGGUUCUCUGUGAUGGGAAGAGCUUCCACCGCUCCUGCUUCCUGUGCAUGGUGUGCGGUAAGAACUUGGACAGCACCACCGUCGCUGUUCAUGGGGACGAGGUCUACUGCAAAGCCUGCCACGGCAAGAAGUACGGGCCCAAAGGCUACGGCUACGGCCAGGGAGCGGGGACGCUGAGCAUGGACAGGGGGGAGGCUCUGGGCAUCAAACCGGAGGAACCUGCUCCUCACCGUCCCACCAACAACCCCAACCCGUCCAAACUGGCUCAGAGGUUUGGAGGGUCGGACAAGUGCCCUCGCUGCGGCAAGGCCGUGUACGCCGCCGAGAAAGUGAUGGGAGCUGGCAGCGCGUGGCACAAGGUGGGCUGCUUCACCUGCGCCGCCUGUGGGAAGAGCCUGGAGUCGACCACGCUCUCCGACAAGGACGGGGAAAUCUACUGCAAAGGGUGUUACAGCAAAAACUUCGGCCCCAAAGGCUUUGGUUACGGCCUGGGCGCCGGAGCCUUGGCCCACACCCAGUGAGGCCCGCUGGGAUCCCUGUUACUCUCAUAUAGACGCACAGCUCACGUCUGAACGCAACAUGUACUUAAAGCUGCAUUGACGAUUUGCACUAUCUGCUCUGAAUAAACGCUCCUAUUUCCCUGCAAAUAUAAUAAUGUGUAAAACAGUCACGGCAUGUUUAUACUUUACGCUCGUCAGCAUGAAAAUAAAGGAAAGAGAAACUGA